CGCGAGCGACCCUGAAGAUUCGUGGAGCAAAUCCCAGCGCCGCGUCUGGCAGAGGAGGCGCGCCUGUGACCGCCGCCGCCGCUGCCACCACUCAUCACAACCUCCUCGAGCGCCCCGAGUAAUGCGCAUUGUUACAGUCGAGCGACUCAACCGAUUGUCCGAAGAGAGGCUCUGACUUUUUUUUGGUUUUUGUUAAUGAGUAAAUAAAUGCGGCGAUGAUCAGCCGCUUGCGCAAACUGAAGACAGAUUUCUCGUCCGGUCUUUAAUUGGCGCCACGAGUUAUCUGCGUGUCACGCGAGCCACUGCUUCGUUCUUAGGCGUGUUUGUACUUAUCUGUGUAUAGCGUUUAUUGGGUUGAGGCGCUUGUAUGUGUUGUAUAUGAAGGUAGGUGCAUGCGACACGGACCGUGCGAAGUGCCCGCUAAAUCUAAUGCGGCUCUGACCAGGCUACCUGCUUGCAAUCUUACAUGACGUGAGUGAGACUGCGCGCUACCAUGAUGAUGAUGAAGAUGAUGCCUCGUCUCAGAGGUGUGGCGUUGUCAUCUUAUACGAUGUCUCUUCUCGCUAUCACGAUGGCGACUUUACUUGCGCUUGGAGCAACACAGCCGAACACACAGCCCCGGAGGUCCCAACAGCACCAUCAUCAACAACAGCAACUGCAGCAACAACAGCAGCAGCGGACUCCUGUUCGGACCCCUCUUGUGGCGCAAAGACUUGCCCACCAAUCAGCAGCAGCAUCAGCAGCAGGGGCAUCAGCAGCAGGGGCAUCCGCAGCAGGGGCAUCGGCGGUGAUGGUGGCACCCGUGCAAACGAGACUACGCGGUCAAGGGACUCGCUUUGGGCACCAGGGAGACGCUCACGGCGCCACCACCACCACCACGAGUUCGGCUGGACGCGUCGACGGAUAUCAGGCCGGGAGGACGAGGGCGCGGGCCGUCGAAGGUGGCGCUGCCGGUGGCCACGGGAGAGGAGCGGGAGGAGGAGGAGGAGUGGUGGUGGCCACCGCGCUCGGUGCGAACCCGCGACCAGGCGUGCCCGGCCCCGCCCGUACCCAGGCCAACUCAGCCACAGCGCUCACAGGACUCAAUGUCUGCGGUGGGCAAUGCUGCCCGGGUUGGAGGCUGAGUCCCGGACUUCAGAAAUGCACCAAACCCAUCUGUACCCCUGCCUGCCAGAACGAGGGCAUGUGCCUGCGACCACAGCUAUGCCUCUGCAAGCCGGGAUUCGCCGGACAGGCGUGCGAGGUGGUGAGGGCUCCCGCGCAGUUGCAGCCACACGGCGCCGCCAAGAAGCCGGCAGCCUCCCUGCUGCAGCCCGGUGACGGCCAGCCGCAGCAGAAGCAGCAGCAGCAGAAGCAGCAGCCGGAGCCAAGCGGUGAUGGUGGUGGCGUUCCAAGCGGCGUGGCGUCACUGAACCGGAACCCAAACCGCAGCCACGCAGCGGCCGGGAGGUCACCCCAAGGGCAGGCAGCUCAGGGUGGAGCACCUCCUCACCUGGGUCCCCAGCAGAGGCUGGUGAGGCAGAGGAUCAUCGGGCGGCAGGCGCUGAACCGCUUAUUGAGUGGCCGGGGCAGCGGACGCCUGAGCCAUGGGGACCCCCUGGGUCUGCAGUACGUGCCCAGGCCCGGUGACGAGAACGGAAAUUACUCGGUCCCAGUCCCCAAGCGCAUCAAGGUCGUGUUCACGCCGACGAUCUGCAAGCUGGACUGCGCCGGCUCCGUGUGCAAAACCUCCUGCUCCAAGGGCAACGUCACCACCAUCAUCGCCGAGGACGGCCAGACUAUCUUCCCGCAGCACGGGUCCGGCUUCCGCGUCGUGAUCUGCGGAAUCCCAUGCCACAACGGCGGGCGGUGCGCUGCCAGGGAGAAGUGCUGGUGCCCGCCCAACUUCACGGGAAAGUUUUGUCAAAUCCCGGCGCUCACUAACGAGGUGAACGGGCAGGCCGCCACGGGGAGCGAGGCCCAGGUGGCCUCUGACGGCCGUCGCCCCAGUCAGCCCAGUCACUCCGUCUACAUGUUCCCGCUGUCGACCAUCGGCAACUCGACGCAGGUGUCCGCGCCGGGGUCCCUGCCCAGCUACCCGGACCUGGUGAACGUCCACGUGAAGCACCCGCCCGAGGCCACGGUGCAGAUCCACCAGGUGGCCCGCCUCAUGGACGGCCUCAACAUCUCGCACCACCAGGCCCACCGGCCGCCACACCCCCUGCCGAGCCCUCGCAUCCGCCCGCUCGCGUCGCUGGGUGGGCACCAGCAUCAACAGCAGCAGCGGGACAAGGAGAGGGACCAGGCCAUUGCGGGUGGAGCUGAUCCUUCCCAGCCCAGGAUACUGGCCCGUGCGCCCAUGCUGGGACGAUGCUACGUGGACAUCAAAGACAACAAGUGUGUGAAGCCUCUGCCAGGCCUCACGAGGCAGGAGGUGUGCUGUGGGAGCGUCGGGGCAGCUUGGGGCCUUGACCGGUGCAACCGAUGUCCGGAGAAGCUGGGGCAGCCCAUCAUGGUGAACGGCGAGCUGGUGGAGUGCCCCCACGGCUUCCGCAGGGAGAACUCGACGCACUGCAAAGAUAUUAACGAGUGUCAGCUGCGCGGAGUCUGCCCCAACUCCACGUGCCUCAACAGCCCGGGCAGCUACACCUGCAGUUGCUUCAUCGGCUACGUCUUCGACUCCACGAGUCACCAGUGCAUCUCCGACAAGCUGCUCUCGGGCAAGACGGGACUGUGCUACCGCGCCACCGACGGCCGCUCCUGCUCGCUGCCCAUCGCCAUCCCCCUCACCAAGCACAUCUGCUGCUGCAGCGUGGGCAAGGCCUGGGGAAAGAACUGCGAGCCUUGCCCCCCGGAGGGACACACCGCGUUCCGGGAGACGUGCCCGGCCGGCAUGGGCUACCACUUCCCCAUGUCCGAGGUCAAGUACAAGAUCCGCAAGCUCACGGAGGACGAGGUUGCGCAGCGCGGGCGCGAGCCGGCCGGACGCCCGCUGCCCACCCCGGCCGACGGGGACGACGCCGCGCUGCUCCGCGGACUCGACGACUAUGAUAUUUUGGAAGGUCAGCAGAUCAUCGCUCAGUUCCAAGAUGGACAACGGAGUUUCCAAGAGAUCUCGCAGAGGCUGCAGCGUCCAGCCCUGGUGGAGCCUCCUCCUGGAGCGGCCGCGGGGAGAGAGACACACCACGGAGGCGGCGGCGGUGGCGGUGGCGGUGGCGGCGUGAGACAGCCCGUGGCAGGGGCGGUCGGCGCCAUCUCGUCCGACAGGGAGCCCCCCAAGAGAAUCCAGAUUGGUACCUCGCGUGAAUCUCCGGGCACCGUGGUGAGACAGCCAGGAGGAGGAGCUGGUGCCGCCCCCCCCGACAGAGACUCGACAAAGAAAAUCCAAACGGUGACGAACAUCUGCCUCCAAAAUCCAAACAUCUGUGGCCGGGGCCAGUGCGUGAGUUUGGCAGUGGGGUACAGCUGCUUGUGCGAGCCGGGAUUCCAAGCGAACGGCCAAAAAACGCAAUGUGUCGAUGUAGACGAAUGUCAGAAGAGCGCGGGCCUCUGUGCAAACGGGCAAUGCGACAACACGGCCGGAAGCUUCCGCUGCGUCUGUUCCGCGGGCUACGCUGCCAGCCCCGGCAGCCCCCAGUGUGUCGACGUGAACGAGUGCAAGGACCCAAGCGCGUGCCGGACGGGCCGCUGCGUCAACACGCCGGGGUCUUUCCACUGCCAGCCGUGCCAGCCCGGUUACCGUGCCGGCCGGCGCGGACAGUGCGAGGACGUGGACGAGUGCGCAAGCCCCGGCGCGUGCCCCAGCGGGGAGUGUGUCAACUCGCUGGGCUCGUUCGAGUGCCGCCCGUGCCCUGCCGGCUUCACGGGCUCCGGAGGACGCUGCAUCGACGAGAACGAGUGUUUGAGCAGUACGACGGUGUGUCAGCACGGCCGCUGCGUCAACCUCCAGGGGUCGUUCCGCUGCUCCUGCGGACGGGGGUUCACGACGGCGCCCGACGGGAAGAGCUGCCUGGAUGUGGACGAAUGCGGCGUGGGACGACCGUGCCGUGACUCCAUGUGCCGCAACUCCCCGGGCUCCUUCACCUGCGUGCCCUGCGGCUCCGGCUACCAACUGGCGCCCGACGGCAAGGCGUGCAAAGACGUGGACGAGUGCGCCAACGGGAUCGUAUGCGGCGGCGGCGCCUGCCUCAACUCGGACGGCUCCUUCCGCUGCGAGUGCCGCUCGGGAUUCAAGCUGAGCGGCAGCGGCGACCAGUGCGAAGACAUCGACGAGUGCGGAGAGGGCGGUCGGUGCCAGGGCGGCGAGUGCCUGAAUGUCGCCGGCUCCUACACGUGCCGCUGCUCGGCGGGCUACGUGGCCGUCGAUAGCACGCGGUGCCGCGAUGUGGACGAGUGUGCGGGCGGGCGAGCGUGCCGCGGCCACGGCGGCGGCGGCGACGGCACCUGCAUCAACACUCCCGGCUCGUUCCGCUGCUCCUGCCCAAGUGGCUUCCGCACGGUGCCAGGCUCCGACCAGUGCGUCGACGCGGACGAGUGCGAGGAGGAUGCUGACGCCGUGUGCUGGCCGCACCAGUACUGCGUCAAUUCCCACGGAUCCUACUCUUGCCUGUGCGACCAGGGCUUCCAGAGCGCCGAGGAAGGCAAGGGAUGCGUAGACGUGAACGAGUGUGAGCUGGUGGUCGGCGUGUGCGGCGAGGCGCUGUGCGAGAACGUCGAGGGGACCUUCUUCUGCGUGUGCGAAAGUGAGGGCGACGACUACGACCACACGCUGGGGCGCUGUCGGCCCCGCUCGUCCGCAGAAUUCAACGAGCCAAUGAACCUGCACAGCCAAGCUGCCCAGCCAGGCACUCGACCAGGCUCCCACGAGAAGACGGACGUUGGACAGCUUCCAGGCACGCAGAGGCAGCAGCAGCAGCAGCCUGGCGGUGCAGGUCAGCGGACACCGAUUUCGUCGAGGCCACAACCAGGUCACAGCUCGCACACGGACGGGCAGCAGACACACGGAUCACCGUCGCGCACUCCGGACCCGCGGCCCGGGAAUCAUGAUCGCCAGCGAGGACCUGCUGUUCACACGGCUCAACGCGUUCACACAGCUCUCCCGGAGGGACACGGCCAGGCCGGCUCUGCCAAUCCUCCGGCAGGCUCGCCGGCACGGCCCGAUUCUGCCAUCGGAGUUCCCAAUCUCCACUCCACGGGAUCGCUGCCCGGCCUCGCGUGGAGGCCAGGUUUUGCCGAAACGACGGAGAGGCACGGCGCGGUCGUCUUCCCAGAAGGCUCCGACAGGCGGCCGGCCGCAGUGCCCGCGAGGACGGGAAGCUCUGGCCGCGACGAGCGCAAGGAGUGCUACUACGACGUGGACUCGGAGACCGCGUGCUCCAACGUGCUCGCGUGGAACGCCACCCGCGCCGAGUGCUGCUGCACCGCGGGCGCCGGCUGGGGCGUCGACUGCGCCAUCCGGCCCUGCCCGCCCGCCGACACCGAGGAGUUUCGGUCGCUGUGUCCAGAAGGCAGAGGAAACAUCCCGAGCCAGGACCCUGUCACCGGCAGGAGAGUCUUCCAAGACGCCGAUGAGUGCACGCUGUUCGGACGCGAGAUCUGCAAGAUGGGACGCUGCGCCAACUCCCGACCCGGCUACACCUGCCAGUGCCAGCCCGGCUACUUCUACAACGCCGUGAAGCUGCAGUGCCUCGACAUCGACGAGUGCCAGAGCCCCGGGAGCUGCCUGGACGGGCAGUGCUACAACAGCGAGGGCAGCUACAACUGCUUCUGCACGCCGCCGCUGGUGCUGGACGACACGGGCAAGCGCUGCGUCAACCGCAGCGGCCCCGCCGACGAGCACCUGGACAACGUCCACGUGGACAUCUGCUGGACGGAGCUGUCGCGCUCCUUCAUGUGCAGCAAGCCCGUGGGGCGCCAGACGACCUACACGGAGUGCUGCUGCCUCUACGGCGAGGCCUGGGGCCCCGAGUGCGCCUUCUGCCCCCCCAAGUCCUCAGACGACUACGCGCUGCUGUGCAACAUCCGCAUGAGGACGGACGUGGACAACUUUGGCCACUCGCUCGACCCGUCGUUCGGCUAUUCCGGGCCGUACGGCGGCAUUGGCGGUGACGGCGCGUCCGGCCCGCACUACCUGCCCGAUCCUGAGCCCAACUUCCUGGACCGCGGUGCCGCGGCUGCCGCCGCCGGUGCCUCCGUGGGCUUCUACGAGGACAACGUCCCCAUCUUCCUUCCCGACGAAGCAGCAGGCUCGUACCCGUACCGAGAGGGGCUUCAGGCGGAGGAGUGUGGCAUCUCGCACGGCUGCGAGAACGGCCGCUGCGUUCGAGUCCCCGAGGGUUUCACGUGCGACUGCUACGUGGGCUACAAGCUCGACAACCUCAGCGUCGUCUGCGUCGACAUCGACGAGUGCGAGGAGGAGGCCCCCGCGCCCUGCGCCAACGGCCGCUGCGUCAACGCGGACGGCUCCUUCCGGUGCACGUGCGACGCCGGCUUCAUCGCGUCGCAGCGGGGCAGCCAGUGCCUGCCCAUCCCGUGGGCCCUGCUACCCGGCCGCUAGUGCCCGACGGCUCUCUCUCUCUCUCUGUCUCUCUGUCACGCACGCACGCACACACGCGCAGCCAAACGGGGUUUCCGGCGCCACCUCUGCCGGAGCUGCCCGCCGCCGCUGCCCCCGGGGUAACGACGGAAGGUUCCGAACGGAAGCGAAAUCCGCUGGGGGGGUUUUUUUGUUUGUUUCCAGCCGGCUCGUCCACGGGGUUGCGGGAGGUGGAGGGUGGGGGGCGGCUGUUAAUGUUGGGAUGUAGCUCUGCCCGGCGUGCUUGCGAGGUCCGUACCGUGGGUCGUUGGGCUCGAUGUCCUGACGUUUCGCUCCCACGCGCCAGGAGCUACCUUCAGGAAAUAAGUCCGCCUCCUGCGGAAGCUGGGACCACGCGUUGUGUUGGCUGAGCUGGCAGAUUCUUCGGUAACCGAACUGAAUCAGUGGAAACGGACUUUGUUCGCUUUAAUCGAUUCUAUUGAUAGAUGGCCAUUACCCGUCUCUCCUGAAACUGAAUUGAUUCGGUGGAAUGUCAUUGAUUCACUUGAAUUGAGUCACUUGAACUGACGAUUCAUUUGAAUUGAUUCGGUUGAAUUUCAUCUGUUGCAUUCGUUCGGUUGGCUUGAUUCGAUCGCAUUGGGGGUCGAUUCUGUCAAAUCUAUUCGGUCGAAUGUAUUCAGUCGAGUCGAAGCGGGCCCCGUUCCCGAAAGAAGCUCCCAGCACGUGGGUGCGAAACGUCGGACGUCACAGCGAACUACGCGCGGCGCAACCUGAAAAUCACAACGGCGAGCUAUGCGGCAGCAGCGACCACGAAACCCGACGCAAUGUUGGUUUUCUAACCUUGGUACAGUAUAUGUGUGUGUGUAUAGCCGAAUACUUUUUGAAGGAACAAACCCUUUUAUUUGAAUGAAAUGCCAAGACUGCAUCCCUAUGAAUUAUUAUUGUUGAUGUUGUUAUUGCAAUUGUAUUACUCCCAAACACGACAUAAACCACGCUGCUGCCUGCUGUCUGUAUAGUUAUCAAGUGCGGUAAUUGAAGAUUUAAAUAAAACACAAACAAGUUAAUACGUUUCAGAUAUAUAUUAAAUAAAUGCAUUAUUAUUAUAUUUUUUCGCAGAUAUUGUCGAACAGGGAGCGCGAUGAGAUUCUGUGUGUUUGUGUGUUUGCUUCGCAAUUUUUUUAUUCGGUGGCGAGAUGUGAACUACCUCGCCUGGUAUACGGGAGGUCGUGAGUUCAAUCCCGACCCUGACGCCUGCUGUAUAUUUGGAGUUGGCAUGUUCUCCCCGUGGUCGCGUGGAUUUUUCUCCGGGUCCUCCGGUUUUCCCUUCCACAUUUAGAAUCAACGUGCGUUUAGAAGUAUUUGGCUACUAUACAUUUCCACGUGAUAAGCCACUUCGUUGAGCUGUCAUUUGUGUCCAGGUCGCUUCUGAAAAGGUGCUACACAACUCAGUGGACCUGGUAAAAUAAAACUAGUUUUUGGUUCACAGUUAAUGAAUUGCAGACGUGUGUGUUCACACGCUUUAUUUUUUCUGAGAGUUCAACAACAAAAUCACUGCCACUCUUGUACAGUGCUAAGUGUAAGUCGCGCGCCUUGUUCACCGUAUAUUUGUCCGUUUCCUGGCGUAACUAUUAGCAGAGGUUCUACAGACGCGUCGAUGUCGAUCGGAAGCUAACAACAAGGAAGCGAAGCGGACGUUAAUAGGCAGCUUUUCAGGCCAUGACGCUUCUGCAUAGCACGUUGCCUGUGCUUCAUUUACACGAGGCCUUUGCCCAAAACGUUGCCUAUAAUAUACGUCUUCUUUGGUUCUUUCGGUAAAGUCACGUAGAUAGAAAAAAUAAUAAAUAUAAAAACCACGACGUUUCGAUCACAACACAGGUGGUCGUCAUCAGAAAAAGGGGGUUAAGCCUCUAAAGGCAAACUGUUUUGUUUUGCCUUCUUUGGGGCCACGCGUGCGAGCGUGGAUUAUGCGCCAUCGCCAGCAGCGUCGCUAAAAAAAACACAGCAGACGAACAGCAACUGCGUGCGUAAGAAUCACUGCGUGUAAACGCGGUUCGCAAAUGACCCCUUGAAACCACUAGAGGCCGCUACGGUCACCCUCUUCCCCCCCGCCCCCCCAAGUGUUUAAAUUAGAAUGGAUUUGAAGUUUAGAUCCCCUCCUCCAGCGCCCCCCCCCCCCGAUUCCGAGAAGGGAGGUGAUGAAUCUUCACAGCUGUAUCAUUCGUAUUCAGCAAAUGCCACACUAUGCAUUCCACCAAUCGGUUAUAUAAAAAAAAUCAAAUCCCACUUUAAUACAUUAAUCCUAAAUUUCGAUUUAAAGCUUUCGUGACUGCAGGGAUUCAUCUUCUUGGUUCUUUCGGUAAAGUCACGUAGAAUGGAAAUAAUAAAAUAAUGAAAUAAAACAUUAUACAAUUAUUCUCACGACGUUUCGGCCACAACCCAAGCAGCCGUCCUCAGGUGGAGAACAGGUCCUGUCGAGAAGACAGAGUCUUCAGACUUUUCAGUCUUCCAUUCUACGUGAUUUUACCGAAAGAACCAAGAAGACAUUAAUCCUAGUUCAGAGGAUCAUUUUUGCCACUUUAAUAAAUUAAUCCUGGGUCAGAGGUCAACUGGGCCCAUCGUCGUCCCUCUGGGAUGGGUGAAUUAAAGUCCACAACAGUUGGUGGCCCCAUGAAUCUCAUGUGGUAUGGACCACUACCACGUGAGGCAUACCACUGAUAAAUGGCACCACAAUCAAUCAAUUGUCAUUACUGCAAUGCAAUCAUAGCCACACUAAUCGAGCACUCCAGGUGGAUGGUGAGAGGGGUAUUAUUUAACCUGUCAAUGCUGUUUGUAAUUUUAUCCCCCCCCCCCCCCCAAAUCGAACGCCCAAUCAUUUCUGUGAAGGUGUGACCUAAUUUGAUGUUUGAAUUAUUAUUACUGGACAACGCCAAUGCGUGUUGAGCGUUACGUGAGCUUAUCCACCAAAAGGUAUUUGGAAGUCGAUCGCGGCCCUCGUUCAAGAGCAACGGUCUCCCCAUCGCUGUCCUAUAGCCACACUGGUCCCCGACAUAGCAAUGUGGAAUUUCAAUUGUUACUGUGCGCGAGACCUCUAACGAGAGUUGAGCACUGUUUCGUAGUGUGGUUAGGUGCGGUGGGGGUGUCGGGGAACGGGGGGGGGCAAUUUGACUUCACUUUUGUUUAAACAUCCCACGUCCUCAUCGGGACGUUUGAGGCACGCAGAGGCAACCGACCGACCCCAAUCAGUGGUUUUAACAGAAGACAGCCGAAACUUUGACGCGCGCAGAGAUUCGCAGAAGACGUUGCUGUGCCGUGUAUAGUUUACCUUUGCAUGCGCUGCCGUGAUAUAUGUGUGUUUCUUGUGGUGGCCUCUGCCCUGUGGUGCAGACCUUACGGUCUUUUGUUUGUCUUUUUUUUGUCGCUGUUUUUGGUUGUAAUUUUUUUUUCUCGAUCGUUUCUCUCUUUUUCUCUUCCUCCUGCCCAGCUUUUAUUUUGGUUCAUAAUCGAUUUUUAUUUGUGGGGGUUGGGUUCAGAUCGCCACCUAAGAAAUAUGUUGCGUCGUACACCCUCCGCCACCCGCCCCACGCGGCCAGUUAUUAAUAAAGUUGUCGCGUGAAACAAACGUGGCCGAUUUGUCACUGCCGCAACAGCAGCAGCACCAUUAGUGGGUGGCGAGAUGUUAACUCCCUCUCUUUGUAUACAGGAGGUCAUGGGUCCGAACCCGACCCUGACGCCUGCUGUAUAUUUCGAGUUUGCACGUUAUUCCCUCCACAUUAAUAAUCAACACGCGUUUCGAGUAAUUGGCUGCUAUAAAUUCCCACGUGAUACGCCACUUCGUUGAGCUAUCAUUUGUGGCCAGGUCGCUUCCAAAGAAGAGCUAUAUAGAUCAGUGGGCCCAGAACACAUGGAACAAUUAGAUAGUAUGGGCGUUUCGCUGGUAGUUACAACCAGCAUCAUCAGGCAAUUUCCAACACUACCGGAUGUGCUGACGCAGUUAAUACAUUGGGCCACAUUUGUUCAUCACGCAACGGCUUCAUCAAUUUGCUGUGUCGGGUGGCGGAGGGUUUACGACGCGACAUUUUACAAAACGUGCUUUUAACCCCCAGACAUAAAAAAAACUCAAUUGUGAAUCAUCGUAAUACCGGUCGCGAAAGCCCUACACGUGUUCAGCUUUUGUUUGUUUGGCUCUGCGGUCCACGCGUUACUCGGACGGGCGACGGAGAGGGUGCCCGCAACCUUCCGUCCCAUCGCACCGUGAGACAUUUGGACUCGAUCACCGGUGCCUCUCGCCGUAGCUCUAACCCCGGAUUCCCGGACACCACCCCCAGCCACCUUGGUGACGAUGGGAGUCGCGACGCGGGGAGAGUUUAGGGAGGUGCGUCGCGAUCGUUCGCUUGAGCGGAUGCCGUGCGCGGAAUGUAAAUUAGCUGCGUUGUGUAACUAGCACCGCGCGAUGCGAUGUAUUAAUAACGAUCCUGUACAACAACAAAAACAAAUACCGGCUAUGUACUUUUAAUAAAUAAACAAAAACACGA